AGUUAAUUGCCCACCCGAUUGAUUGUAAAACGUCAUGCGUUGUUUUGUUCUUCAUCUAUUCAUCUAUUUCUAUAAACUUAACAUAUUCACUUCAAGGUCAAGUGCUUGCCCAUCGACGACAUUUCGCAGCAUUGAAGUUGUAUAACGUACGUACCUAGUACACCCAUCAUUCGGAAUAGCAACAAUGGCCGAUUCUGCGCAACCCCUCCGGAUCGGCUUUGUGCCGGAGCAUUUCUCAACACCGCUCUACUUUGCACAGAAGCAUUUCGGCCUCGACGCAAAGUUGAUCCCUUUCCCGUCUGGAACGGGCCACAUGAUUAUAGCUAUCCGGUCUGGCGAAAUCGAUGUUGGCAUCGGCCUCACUGAAGCCUGGAUUGCAGGUUUGGGCAAGGAAGACGUUCCCGGCGACGGCGGCUACCGCAUCGUAGGGACCUACGUUGAGACACCUCUAUGCUGGGCCAUCUCAACCGGUGCAAAGCGACCUGAGAUUGCAUCCGUCUCUUCUCUCAAGGGGACCAAGAUCGGGAUCUCGCGCAUCGGCUCCGGCAGCCAGGUGAUGGGGUUCGUGCUAGCGGAUCAGCAAGGGUGGCUGACCCCCGGCGAGUCGCCUUACGCGGACUUCGUCAUACUGCAAAACUUUGCGAACCUCCGGAAUGCGGUUAACGACGGCUCGGCCGACUUCUUCAUGUGGGAGCAUUUCACGUCGAAGCGGUACUACGAUAGCGGGGAGAUCCGCCGCGUAGGCGAAAUCUACACGCCGUGGAGCAGCUGGAAGAUCGUGGCUGCGAACUCGCUGCUGCCGGGCGGGAAUCCGGAUCCGAGGUUGCAGGAGCUGUUUAAGAAGCUGGAUGAGGGUAUUGACUACUUUGCUGAGCACAAGGACGAGGCAGUCAAGUACAUUAGCACCGAGCUGGAUUAUUCGGAAGCGGAUGCACGGGAAUGGUUGCAAACUGUACGGUUUGCUGGAAAGACUGAGAGUGUCGAUUUGAAGGUUAUUCAAAGAUGUGUUGAUAUCCUUCGGAAAGCUGGUGUCUUGAAAGAGGGAAAGGGAUUCCAACCUGAGAGCAUGCUGGCCAAGGGGCUUGGCGCGCAAGCUCCGUAGCUACUAGGUACCAUACCUACCAAGCAAGUCAGGUUGAGCUCAAAUAGUAGCAUUGCCAUUUUACAAUAACAUUGACGUGGUGGUCUUGUGUAUGAAGCCAGGUACAAGCUGUACAUUAGUACCUAACCAGUAGACUAUUAUAGUACCUAGUAGUACCUAACCUACCUACUUACCCCGGUA